AUGGCGCUACUAUGAGACGAAGUAAAUUGGAAAUAUGGCGUCGUUUGGCAAGGGUAUGUGGAAUGCAGGAUGUUUAGAAACGGCUUUUUCGUCCUGCAAAGGAAAACCAGUUCUUGCAGUGUAUAAGGGCCUUGAACACGCAUUAACUGAUCCAAACAAGCAAUAUCGUGACAAAGUAAAUGCCCUGUUAUCAGCGUGGGAACAUGUCUGUGCACUGCUACAAAAUUCCACUGCAGAAGUCAAAAAUAGUAUGAUCCAAUGGAUAGUCAGGCACACCCUGAAUGUUGUUCUACGCAAGCAGUGGCCUGGAAGUUCAAGAGCUACAAAAACACAUUUGAUUGUUAGCUUGAAGAGAUGUUCAUCGUUACUCACGGGAUCUAAUGCCCACAUGUGCCAUAUUCUUUCUGAAAUGGUGAACAAGCCAUGGGCUCAUCCUUUACUGCGAAAAGUCAUGGAAGAGUCUGAGUGUAUCACUGAAGAGGAAGCCCUUAAUUUUUGUAAAUAUGAAACUUCAUGCAUAGUUAUAAUGAGACUGCAGAUAUUGGUUGAAGAAGGAUUGUCGGAGUACUCAACUUUCAAAUAUGCUGAGUUUGUAGCAGCAUGUUUAUCAUUUCAUGAUCCAUCAUGGGCAGAAGAUGCACCUGAGGAGGACACCAUGUUUGUUCAUUACACAUACCUGGUCCUGCUUUUAAAAUUCAGGAAGAGUGAUAACUUACUUGAUUAUAUCAGAAUAAUGAACCUGAAUGAAGGAUUGAAGUUUAUGAAAAGUCUGACAAGGAUAAAGAGUAUAGUUCCAUGUUCAGAAUGGCCGGGACUGUGCAAAAAUGUAGCAAAAUUUGCUGCUAAGUAUUUUUUGAGUUUGGCGUUAAGAACGCCAGAAUGUGAAAAUAUGUUGUUAAAAGAUGUUGCAAGUGAGUUUGUGUUGUGUUGUGAAAUGGACUUCCAGUUUGUGUGUGACCAUAUGAGACUCAUGCCCCAUCUUGCCGCUACUGUGACACACAUGUAUAUAUUGUGUGAAGUUCUGGAGGAGAAGUUUGGUGCGAUAGCGAAGUCCUUCUGUGUGCAAGGAUUCAUAAGACGCCUGUUUUCUGAAAUAGGCACAAUUGAAGAGCUACAAACAACACGUCAAGAGGAAGGGGACUCUCAAGAAAAACGUGACUUGCUUUCCGAUUUGCAGUGUAUGUUGUCUGAUGGAUAUUUGAAACUGGGUCACUUGCUGCGAGAGAACUUGAAUGUCUACAAGGAGUGUGUGCUAACAGCGUUCUCAUUAAAUCCUACAGAGGAUUUAUACCACCAUUUACAUAGCCUUGCCUCUUUAAGUGGUAAAUGUAUUUCUGAUGAAAAUAAAUGUACAGAAAUUGUAGAGCAGCCACUGGUUCAAGACUGCACCAUUACAAAGCUACCUAUUAAUGAACACUUAGAAGAAACAAAUGAUAGUAAUUAUGCUGGCAAUACAGACUUUGCAUAUAUGAAUAUGCCAUCAACGUCAUCUGCUGUGUUCCCUAAAUAUCAAAUAAGGCCACAGACAAGGCAUACAGCCUCACGUGGGGAUAUACCCAUUGCCACUUCAUCUUUAGUAACUGUAAGGUGCAGAUUGAAAGAGGAUGACAAGAGAGACUUAGGAGCAUUGUAUGCAAUGAGUGGAAACCUAUUUACUAGUGCAGAAAACUAUGAUCCCUAUAGUGCCCCCAACCAUGUGUUAGAUGCAGAAUUCAAGUUCUCUAGAACUGUACUUCAUGAUUUAGUAUCUGUGUUAAACAAUCCACGAAACAAACAGCUUAGUUGGGCAGAGGGUUGGGCUCAGCUAAGCAGGAAUUGUCUGGAAUACUUAAGAAACAGAGAGACACGAAAUUGCAUGAAGGAACUGAAAUUUCUGGAAAUUGAUUAUGAGAAAUACCGUGAUUGGCCAAGAUUGUGUGACUAUGGAGGUAUAGAGAAGGGAUAUGAACAGUGGGCAGAUAUCAGUAAUGAUUCAGAACAACUUUGUAUUACAAGUAAUUACAAACAUAGAUCUUCAGAGUUAACUGUAGAUUCCUGUAUAGAUUCGGCAACACAGGAUAGUGUAGAUACUGUAUUUACAUUAAAACCAGUCCGGAAACGAAAAGUGAAGAAACCUGGAAAAUCCCCACAAAAAGGAAAGAGGGGAAGAAAAAGUACAAAUGUCACACAUAGCAGUGUUAAAAGUAUUGUUUCACAAGGUCCCAUAACUGGCUUCUCGGAUUGCACUCAGGACAGCCAAAUUGAGGAGAACAAUGAAAGAAAGAUUGCAGCAAAGAUUUGUAAGGAUAAAUGUAUUAGGAAGUUUACAUACAGGAGGAAGAGGUGUAAGACUGUGGAAAAAAUAUCUACACUAGAAACAGACUGGCCACAGCAAACUGAGGUUAGAGGCAGUCUUAAAAAGACAGUUAAUAAAAAGUUUACUAGGAAAUCUAGCAAAUGUUUGAAGCGUGUGAAAAGCUUAGAACAUGCUUCUCCAAUAGAAACAGACUGCACAAGUGAUGAAGUGACAUCUGUUGGACCAGAUAUCUGGAAAAGAGGUUAUAAGAAUUUAGACAAAACUGUGUAUAUGAAAAACCCUGAACUUUCCUUGUUAGAAGUAGAUGAGGUACCAAAUAUUCAGGCUAGUACUUCAGUGAAGAGUUAUAGGAAGAAAUAUGUUAAAAAGUCGCGCAAAUCUAGAAAGCAUUGGAAGAAUUUGGUUGAAACAGACUGCUCACAUUAUAGUGACAUUGAUGAAAAUAGUAUUUCUAAGGUUGCAACAAAGCGUCCCAAAAGAAAGUGUGUUAGAACAUUGAAAAAAUCUACCAAACGAUUGAAAAAUAUGGAAGAGGAUUCAGUUCUUGGAACUGACUGUACAAGUAAUGAGGUGACCCACCUAAAUUACCAGCCAGACGUUUAUGUGAGUGAAGGUGAAAAUGUUUCUGAAAGAUCUAUACAUGUGCAGAAUUUUGAAGACAUUUCUAUUGGAUCAAAUGGUGUUCAGAGUAGUCGAUAUGAGAUUAGAACUGCAGAAGAUUCAGCAGGAAAUGUUCUUGAUAGGGGGCCAACCGAAUAUUGGAGUACUUUCAAUAAAAUACCUGAGAUGGAUACAGGUUGUACACAAGGCAGUGAAGGUGAGCAAAGACCUGGGGUGGUGACUGCAACACAAACUAUACAAAGAGAGAAGAUUGCUAAAUCAACAAAGCAAAGAAAAGAUUUAGAAAAAGGUUCUGUAUUGUAUUCAACAUGGGGGCAUAACACUCAAGCUGAAGAAGACAUUGUUAGAAAGACUCAAACAAAGGCACAGAAGAGAAAGACAGAUAAAAGUGAUGUCUGUACUAAGACUGUAGAAGAAAAAAUUCUAGUUAAUUCUAGUUGCAGGGUUGAUAGUUAUGUUGAUGGCAACUUGGAGGGAGUGCAAGGAUCGAAGAUUUGUGAGAGCCACAAAAGUGUAAGAACAAGUGGAAAAUAUGUUGCCGAUGUUAAGGAUUUCCAAGGAGAUUCUUUGUUGUUCUCAAAUUACACACAAAAAAGUGUGGCUGAAGCUACUACUGUGGGAGAGAUUGCAGCAAAUACUUGUAAAAGGAAAUAUCUUGGGAAAGUAGAGCAACAGACAAUGGGUGUAAAGAAUUUUGAUGUAAAAUUAUUGUCAGACAAUCAAAAUGAAGAAAGGAAUUUGGUGGGUACCACAUCCAAAACUCAUCAUAGAAAAUAUGCAAAGAAGACUGAGAAACGUGCAGAACCUGUUAUGGACUUUGAAGAAAAAGCUGUGUUAGACUUUGGAGGUGUUGCAGAGCCGUCCCUUGAAGGUUCUGCAUUUUUUGCGUAUGAUUCAGACACACAAGAUGAAAAGAGUGCUGCUAACGUAUUUAACAUGGAAUGUGAUGUGAUGAGGAAGAAAGAAGGUAUUGUCAGAGGCCUUAAGAAAAAGAAAUUACCUCCAGAGAAGAUCACAGAAGUUUCUGCUUUCAGCAGUGCAGUACACAAUCGUAAUAAUGAUGACGUGGGACCACCUAUUAGUUCUGUCUGUGAAACCGACUUUUCUUCACUUGGGAAGCAGGUAAAUCCUCUUUCACCAAGUGUGGGGCAGCUGAAUCCAGAACCAUCUAGUGGGAUACUAUUUCAUCCUGAUUUAAAUACACAGUCCUUUAUCCCUCCAUUUAAGAAGGCCAGUGAGCCAGAAGUUUUGCAGUCAUUACGCAAAUUCAGACCAAAAAGCACAAACAGAUCAUUAGAAGAAAGUAUCUUUUCUCCAAAUAUGAUUGGUGAUGGAACGAGAAUGUUGUUUCGUGAGGGUAAAAUUUAUUAUACUGAAUUCGCACCAAUGUUAAGUACACUGAACCUUAAUCCACAUGUUGUACUUGAAGACAUAGCAACAGUUUUGAAUUCAAGAGAAUGUGGUGGACAAUUUGAUACAUCUCAGCAGACAAAAAACUCUAGUGCGUUUUCUGAAAAAAACAGUAGCAGUCCUAAGAAGAGUCAUAGUACAAAAUUUACAACACCACCACAGUCCAAGAAAACAUAUAGCUCCUGCGCUGGACUAAAAAAAAAGCCCAAUCGUAAACUGACUGACAGGGAAAUACUUGCCAAUAGUGUUCCUGGUUUAAAUAGUCUUGAAAUGAUUGUACCUCCAUUCCAGGAGCCAACAGUGCAAGUUGUUCAGUUGCCAAGAAACCAUCCUUCAGGUAAUGCAUCAAAUAAUGAAACUAGUUCACUUCCUACUAAAGUGAACCAAAAAAUUGAGAACAGCUCCAACACCAGUGGAACAAGUCACAUAGAAGCUGCCUCAACAUCUGUAUCUCAAGAUCCAGCUUCACAGCAGUCACAAGUUACAAUAACCUCUGAAGAAAACAGAACCUCUCCGAAUUUGGCAUCCAGUUUCUCAGCUCAAAGUAACUCAUUAGCAUCACAUAAUGAAAAACAAAGAAGUUCGCAGUUAGAAGUGAAAUACUUAACAAAAGCAAGUGACGUUAAUGAAAUAUUACGCAGUACGCUUACAGACUGCUCAUCGCAGAGUCCACCGACAUCUGCUGUUGCACCAUCACUAAAUUCAUCAGGACCUGUUAAACAUAAAGUUAAAUCGCAAAGUGAAGUGAAGUAUCUAACAACAACAAGUGAAGUAAAUGAAGUACUUCGUAGUGUAAUUGCAGAAAACAGUCAGGGUCAGAUGUCCAAUUCGACACAUAUCAUGGGAUUGGUGAAGCAGAAGCCUAACACCAGAGCGGAGGCGAGGUUACUUGCUGCGUACGAAACAGCAAGAAGUAUUACGGCAAAGAAAGCCACAGAAGGUAGUACAUCUCUAGGAGGAAGAGGCAGUAUACUGAGCACACUGCAGGUUCCACCUUCCAAAGGAGUUGUUGAUAUUAGUAUGCUUUCCAGUCUUAUUUCUUCUGGCACUCACCGAUACUUGGAAAAUUACCCUUCCAAAAAGGAAUCUUCUAAACCCCCAACAAAGUUAAAUUCACGCUCACAGGGCUCAAGAGUUUGUGUAUCUUCUUGUGAUAGCUCUCGUGCACAUAAUCUGCAAAGCCAUAUGCAGAACUCGGCCAUCAUCAGAAGUGCACACACUGCUCAGUCAGAUGAGCAAAUCCCUGAACGGAUGUCUGUCCUUGAGGAAAGGUUAAAAAAAAGUUCUGUUGCUAGUGUAGCUGUUAAGUGUGAUACUACUAACCAAAGUGACACACCAGUUUGUGCUUCACAGGUUGCAACUUUACCAAAAUUUCAACAAGCAUUUGGAAAGUCUAUAUAUAAUCAGACAGGCAGCAGUGGCAGUGGUGCUGGUGGCGGUGGCAGCAACAGCAACAGCAGUACCAGCAGCAACAGCAACAACAACAACAACAACAACAGCAACAGCAGCAGCAGCAGCAAAAACAACAACAACAACAACAACAACAACAAUAGCAGCAGCGGGGGUGGUGGCAGUGAUGGGAAUGGUGGAGGUCGUGGUGGUGGGGGUAGCAACAGUGGCGGUGGUGGCGGCAGUGGUGGUGGCGGCAGCGGUGGCAGCAGCGGUGGCGGUGGCGGUGGCGGUGGCGGCGGUAGUAGUGGAGGCAGCAGCGGUGGAGGCGGCGGUGGAGGAGGCAGCAGCAGUGGUGGAGGCAACAGCAGCAGCAGUGGUGGUGGCAGCAGCAGCAGCAGCAGCAGCAGUGGUGGAAGUGGAAGUGGAAGUGGAAGUGGAAGUGGUGGUGGUGGGGGUGGUGGUGGUGGUGGUGGUGGAGGAGGAGGAGGAACUGGCAAUGGAAAUAGUGGAAGCACUGGUAGCAACAAUGGUGGCAGAGGCCACUGCAACAGCAGCAGCAGCAGCAGCAGCAGCAACAACAACAACAACAAUGGCAGCAGCAGCAGCAGUAGUAACAACUGUAGCAGCAGUGGCAGCACCAACAGCAGUAGUAGUCGCUGUAAUGGCAGUGGCACCAACAACAGUGCUGUAGAAAAUGGAGCUAGUGAGCCUGCUACCACUGUAUCAAACACAGAAGACAUGCAUAGUACUCAUGGCAUUGCUGGAGGCUCGCAGAAAAGUGAUUCAGAGCUGCAGUCCAUACCCAAAUCAUCAGUAAGUACACUUCAUUCAAAGGCAGUACAGACAACAAGCAUAAGUACUUUGGUGUCACUUUCAAAUCCAGUUUCAUCAGCUUUGCAAGCUGACUCUCUAAAUGUCUUGAUGACUACAGCUCUACACCUUAAUACAGCAUCUGUUCCUCAUGAAGGUUCUUUGCAAAAGUCACUUGCUACCACAUUUAAAAGGGCAACUAGAUCAUCUGUCCAAGCAGGACAGUGCCCGUCGUAUGAUAUGCACCGUACAAAUGCCUCUGCUGUUACAGACAACCCUAUAUCUGGAAGUUUAGAUGGGAUAUCUAGUCAUACCUCAGAUAGUAACAAUGUGACACACAAAAAUUCUCUGCCAGCCUCCCGGUCGUCUCAGGUACCGACCACAACUGAUAGUACCAGUACUCCUACACAAAAUCCAGUACUUGCUGUCACCAAAGAUAGUAUUAUUAGAAGUAAUAAGAAUGCAUUACUAGCUGCUGCGCUGCAAUCAACCACACCUCUUAGACGAUCUUCUGUGAGUAGUGGUACGUCUUCCAGUUUGACCAGUAACAUAGAACAAGCUGCCAACAUGUGCAUUGCUGAAAGCUCUUCUUCAGAAGAUGAAGCGACAGAUGUUGGAACUCAGACUCAUAUUUCUUCAGUACAGCAGACCCAGAGACUAUCUGUUAAUGAACUUCGCAAGAAUACUUCAAAACCUUUAUUGCAAACAUCUCACAAUUUAAGGCCUGUUCUACAUAUUCCCAACAGUAAUCUUGUUGGAGCAGCUAAUGUUACUGAAUUAACCAAUUCAGUUUCAUCACCUUUAAGACAGCAGCAGAUUGUCCAUUCUUUGUUAGGUCCUAGUUCCUCUGCUGUCACAAGGCUUCCACCACAGAAUGUUGCAGCAACUGAUGCGUUAAUAAGCCACAGUGCAAUCGAGCCAUCUGUAAGCUCAACAACACUGGAACAGCUGAGAGAAUUUGAGUCUGUUUUAGAGCAAGUUACAAACACGUCACAAAUGAAGGAGCGGAGCACUGCUGUGACUCAGAAUCAGCCGGACCUAAUUAAUGAAGAUCUUCUUUCUCAGUCAUCAAGUACGGUUGAAACGUCUUCGGAUUUUCCAAGUGCACCAAAUGAUGGUUCAUUCUCACAAGAUUCUUAUCCAUCAACUACAAUUACAACCCCACCAAGAGUUGGUAUAACUUUUGUUGCUCAGUCUCCACUUCGAUCGUCGAGCAUUGCUGGAACGAGUGGAAAGAUUGCAUCUCCUGUAGUUGUAGUUACCAGUUACUGUCAGCCAGUUACAUCACCAGCUUUAAGUGUGACUUCACAGAGUUCUUCUAGUCCUUGUGUGACACCUGCACCAAAUCCUUCCAUAUCAAAUGGAAAACCACCACCAAAAUCCUCAAAAUCCAAAACUAAAUCUGUUAAGUCAAGCCCGUCAACGACAAAUUCUAAAUCUUCACCAGUUCCUAAACCACAGCAGAAACCUCAAGAAGAUGAAGUUACGGCUCAGCGUAUUUAUGCAAUACUUGAUGAAUAUGCAGAACAGCUUAGAAAUUCUCCAGAUUUGAAUAACAAACCUGCACCUCGCAGAAGAUCAAAUCCACCUACCAACCCAAGCCAGUCUUCAAAGCGAAAGAAGUCUUCCCAAAACAAAUCAAAACUUCUUGGGCAGCAGUCAUCUUCAUCAGCACCUGACAUGAGUCCUGGCACAGAUGAUCCAAGAACUAUGGGAAGUGAAGAUAGUUCUAGUGGUAUAAUGCAGCUUUCUCAUAUUCAGGAUUCACCAGCUUCAUCCGCCCAAGCAAGUGAUGAACCAGCAAGUUUAAGAUCUACUUCCACAGAAGCAUCUUCCGAAUCCUGCAAGCCAGUUGUGUCGGAAUCGGGUGAAAAUCAAGACUCUCGCCAACAACCACGUUUAAUUUUUGCUGAAGCAACAGGUCGUCAGGGAAGAGCAGUAUCUGUUCAGGAUGACAUUCAGUCUGCUGAGGUUGCUGUCUCUGGUAGUGCAACUGUUGUUGCAGGAAAAUCAGUAAUGGUGGGAAGCACAGCAGUACCAUUGUAUGUGCCAGGAAAUGUCCGUCAGGUGUUUCUGCCUGUGACUCCAGGAUUGGCUGCACAUGUUCAAGGUCGACCAAUGGUUGUAUCAAAAGGAUCAAAAUUUAUAAGAGUUCAUCAAGUAACAGUCCCAGCUGGACCACUUCACCUCCACCAAGUGCCGGUCGUGGUGCGCCAGAUGUGUGUCAAUAAGCAGUCAUCAACUGUUGGUGCUUCAGUAUCCGUACUUACCCAGCCAUCUGUCAAACAGAUUAAGCGCCCACCUGCAAAUACUUCUCCAGAAGCUUUAUCAGGAGGAUUGGCACAGUCUUCUGUUCUACACCAGUUAAGCAGUCAGCAGCAAACAUCUGUUUCUGAUGUAUCUUCCAGUGCUACUCAAAGCUUAUCUUUUCCAGAGUCGAGUCUGGAUAGUGUAGGCACUACUAUUGCAGACACUGUUAUAAAAACUGAACCUAUUGAUGAUACCUCAUCAGUUUCAGAAGGCCAUAUAAUGUGCGAAGGUAGUCAGAACAGCCUACUUGAGACAGUAACAUCUGCUGCUAAUGAUGCUACUGCUCUAACGUCUCCAGCAACUACGUCUUCUGGUGUCAUAGCUACCACUACUUCUUCAGGACCGGGUGUAAACAUUUCCAGUGUUAUUUCAGCACCUGAAGAUAAACUGUAUCAAAGCUCUGAACACAGCACAGUAAAUGUGAAAGUAGAACCUCCAGAUCUGUCUAAUAACAGUAAUGAAGAGCAGAAUGAAGAAAACCAGCUGUGCAACAAUCACGAAGAAAGAUCUGUGUUUCGACGAACAUAUGCAAUUGUAAUUAAUCCACCAAUCGAUGUGCAGAAUUCACGAGUAAAUAGGACUAUGCAACGUUUGAAUAUUGGCUUUACCAGACAUUCCACAGUAACUUCUAGGAAUGGUAACCAACCAGAAGCACUGAACAAAGAUUUUGCAUCAAGCAGAAAGCCUCUUAAGACGGAAGCUGAUAGUAUGCUUAAUUCUGAAUCUGAGAGUUCAGAAUAUCAUUCGGAUAAUGCUCUUGCAACACAACUUAAUCAUUUCUCAAAACACAGUGGCAGCUUGACAGAAAAUGGUGAAUCUGGACAUUCUGUGAACAGUGUGUUGAACUGUCCACUACCUUCAGCAUUGCCAGAUUCAACAUACCAUUUGAGGAAAUUGGGUAAAAGCAGAGAAAGCAGCCAGCCAGCUGGAGGAUUCCAGAGCUCUACUCAAAAUACAAUUUGCACAAGUCCAUUAGAUGUGUUUCCAACUGAAAGUGCAACUAGCAUUCUAGAAGAGUGCCCACCAAGAACUAUGGAGGAGAAUGGUUGUAGUGACAGUUUAUCAUCUUCUGAACCAAGUUUAACACACACACUACUUUGUCGCAGAAACUCUCACAGCCCUCAGAAGGUAAGCUUACAAUCUGAAGUGGGAAGGAAAAUAAGUUCAUGUGAUAAGAAUGGACCAGCUGAUAUUGAGCUGAAUGCAGCAGUUGAACGCAUUGUGUCUGUAAGUUCCAAAAGUGCAAAUGAUCAGACACAAGGAAAAGCAGUUGGUGCGUCAAGUGAAGCUCAGCUAGAUUACUGCAGCGGGCCGUAUUCAUCCAUUAAAAGCCAACUGGACUAUAUUUCUGAUGGACCUUAUAGCAUAUCAAAGAUUGAUGGCUGUGAUACCCCAUGGCGUUUUGUUCCGCUUAUAAGAAAGGUUAAAGUAGCUAUACAACCAGUAACAUUAAAAAAGGAUACAGAAGAAAGUGAACCACUUGUUAGGAAUAUCCAUCUUUCAACUAAUUUGCCAGAAGUGGAAGAUACAGCAAAUGAACAGCGUGACUAUCUAACAGAUUCCAAGCUGGCUACAGUUAAUAGGAAGGCAAAUGUGAGUUCGACUGUUCUUACAACUUUCCGGAAAAAUGAUAUUCCCAGUACACGAGUAGAUAAAAGUCAAGGGAGUGACAGGGUACAGCAGAAAAUAGCUAGAGUUGAGAGAGAGUUAAAACUUCAGAAAAGUCUGUCUGAAGAAUGUGAAGAUUUAGGUGUUGAUGAGCCAAGUACAAGUGAUCUAUUUCCUGAAGCAGAUCUGUUAUUGGAUACAAAUUCGUCACCACCCUUUGAUCAGACACUGCAGGAUACAGCUUGUGGUCAUUGUGUUGAUGGUACAGAAACUUACUCUAAUUCAGCUUUUAAACCCCUCGAAUACUCUUCUAGUAGUCAGGAUGAUUCUCAGAACAGUUGUAUUUCUUCUGAUAUUCAUGAAUCAAACAACAGAUUUCGGCAAGGAAAGAAACGUAAACGUAGUGUCAAUAUUCCUAAUUUUGAUUGGAAGUAUACAGAAAGAAAAACUUUUUGUCACGACAUUGUCAGUAAAAUAUGUCAGAGUUCCCGUGAAACAUCCAGCAUUUACCAUAGUGGAAAUACUAUAAUAAAAGGUACGGGCAGUGGAAUCGGAUCACGAUCGUUGGAGGAUACUAGUGGAGGUUUCAGAGACACUCUGUCAGAUAGUGCACCAAGUAGCAGAUUAAAACACUCUAGUCCAGGAACAGAUGGUAUCUUGCCUGAUGUCAGCACCUGUAAUACAAAAGAAGUGUCUGAUAAUUUAAUGAAGGAUGCAGUUUGUGGAAAGAAGUUAGAAGGACCAUUGCAGCAAACCCAUCCAUCCAACAGUUGCAUGAAAAGUCAAACAGUUGCCACUGUGAACAGUAAAGGAGAUAUGGUCGCAAGUGCCAGUGAUAGCACUUUUUGUAGCUCAAGUGAAGACAGUGUCACAAUGUUGGAUACGUUCUCAACAAGUAUGAUAGUAUCAUCUCUAGAUGUAACAAUUCCCUCUCCUCUCCCCACAUUGCCAUCUGUCAUACAGUCUAAUGAUAAUUCCCAGGAACCACUUCCAUCUGCAACGGGAACUCAGAAGUACUCGAAUACAUACAGUAAGAGGCCCUCGUGUGAACAGGGCAGUAGUAAGCUACUGAAGCGUGCUCGUCUAAACCAGUCUGAACAGUAUUAUAAUGAACAUAUAGAUUCUCAGGAACGAUGGGAGUCGUCUAGUUCACAAGAGAAAGUUUGCGCUGAUGAUGAAGAUUCGGGAUCUCGUAGCAGGUCAGAAGAACAACCAAAUUCUGAUGUUGAUGUUUUAGAUAUAAGCAAUGAUGCAUUUUCAUCAUCACCGAGAUUCCCUUCCUUAAAUAUUACAAAUAGCACAGGUUCAAGUUCACAGUGUAAUGAAUCUAUAAUCAAGACAUUUGAGUUGAAUGGGAUUGAUAGAAUUUCACUUUCAAGUGCUAGUAUACAAGAGAAGCGGAUAUCUUCAAGGAAACUUGCUGAUCAUAGUGAUUCAGAAUGCCACUCCUUAGACAUCAAGAAUAGCAGAAAUGUGGAACAUGAUCAUUUCUGUCAUAAACAAAGUGUAAUACAUAUAAAUUCUUCAAAGACGAGAGCUUCGCAGCGUGGUCAUCUGAAGAGAGGCUGUCCAUGCUGUUCACUUUCAUCUCGCUCAUGUAAGAAGAAGAUGGAAGAGAAACCAGGAAAGAAAGGACCUUUGGGAAAGCAAACAAUAAAAGGUUCCUUGCCAAAGAAGAGAUAGUUGAUUUUAAAAACUCAUGUAAAUAGUUGUAAAUUCUGUGAAGAUUUGUAUUUGUUUUCUCAUUGGGUGCGACAGUCACAGAUAGUGAACUGAAAAACUGCCACAGUGUUUGUAUAGAAUUGCUUUUGCAUAUCUUAUGUAAAUAAGUGAGAUAGAUCCUAAUACAUGUUCAUGAAGCAUGAAACACAAAGCCAUAUUCUUUUUAAACUUUUAUUGUUUGCAUUCCCAAUGUUCUGAGUCAGAUAUGCAGUAAUUAUUCAUCCUUAACCUCAGUUUAAGCUAGUCAAUUUUCCUGUUAAUCUGAGGUACUCAGUAUCACUUUCUGCACUGUUAGUACAAAUUUUUAUGGUUAACCAUGCUUAUUCAGUCUUUCAGCAAAGCAGUUGUGUGUUUUCUUGAAAUUGGUAUGUGAGAAACUGCUUGGAGAUGCAAAUAUUCAAUAUGUUAUUUUACAUUCUUUUAUUUUGCAUUUGAUAAAUAUGUUGUGAGCUAAAUUGAUGUUAGCUGUAAGUUGUGUGUGUGUGUGUGUGUGUGUGUGUGUGUGUGUGUUUUACUCAUGUUAUAGAGUUGUGACAAUUUGUGGAUGUGAGAAGAUAUUAGUAUUUUUUUAUUAAAUUUGAUUUAAUGAGUAAUGGGGAAAGUCCUUGCAUUCCUGU